AUGAAGACCACUUUACUCAUCGCCAGCUUGGCUGCUGGGACGCUCGCCUUUCCCUCAGAUACUUACACCGUCCACCAACGUCGCAAUCUGGUCUAUGAUGCUCGCUUCGAGAAGCGCUCAGCUGUUGAUGCUGAUUCCAAGAUUCCGUUUGAGAUUGCUUUGAAGCAGGGCAACCUCCAGGAGGCCGAGGACAAACUCUACGACAUGCAACACUUGUCGAGAGAAGAGGUCGUCAGCAUGUUUGCUGCCGACGAUCAGAGCAUCGCGUCCGUCAAGCAAUGGCUGAUUGGCCAUGGCAUUGCUGAAAAGGACAUCCACGUCAACCCCACAAAGACGUGGAUUACUGUCGACACCACUGCUGGUGUCGUGGAGAAGGCUCUGAAGACGAGAUAUCACAUCUACCGAAGCACCGCCUCAGGUCAAGACCACAUUGGCUCCGAAGAGUACAGUCUGCCCAACCAUCUCCUCGACGUUGUCGACUUUGUCCGUCCUGGCCCCGCCAUGAGCAAAGUCACGGUGCGCGCUACACAGCCCGCCAAGGGACCUGCCGCCAUUAAGGAGCCUGUUCGCAACCUGAGCCAAGAUCAGCUCAAGACUCUUGAGGAUGCCAUCAAGACUGGCCCUAGCGGCGGUAGCGACGCUCACAACGCCGCAAAUUCCACUCUACCUGCUUACCUGAAACUUUGCGGAACCAUCGUCACGCCCGACUGUAUUGCCUACCUCUACAAGAUCCCCAGGGCUACGGGUACCAACAGCACCAAUCGUCUCGGCAUCUACGAGUCCCUUGGCGAUGUCUACAGCCAGGAGGACCUCAACCUCUUCUACACAAAGGCAGCCCCAUAUAUCCCCGCCGGAACCGGCCCCGAGCUAGAUCUCAUCAACGGCGCCACUGCCCCGAACAGCCCCGAUCAAGCCGGCGGCGAGUCCCUUUUGGACUUUGACAUGGCUUACCCCAUCAUCUACCCCCAGGGCACUACCCUGUUCCAGGUCAAGGCUGAUCAGUAUUACAACAUCUUUGGCGAUUGGCUCAGUGCCAUUGACAGCGACUACUGCAGCAAAGACCCUCUUUGGAACAAUCAUAAAAUGUGCGGCACGUUUGAACCUACAAACGUCGUCUCCAUCUCCUAUGGUGGCCCUGAAGAUCCCACUGAUCCCAAGACCGCCCACCGUGAAUGCAACGAAUUUUUGAAGCUUGGUCUCGUGGGCGUCACUGCUGUUGUUGCCAGCGGCGACGCUGGCGUCACAGACCGAAACGGAUACUGCCUGGGCCCUCACCACGACAUCUUUGUCGCUGAUGAUCUCUGCAGCUGUCCUUACAUCACUGGCGUCGGCUCUACGCUCAUCCAGUCCAUCGAUAAGCCCGAGACGGCCACCGAAUCCUUCUCGUCUGGCGGCGGCUUCUCCAACAUCUUUACCCGCCCCUCGUGGCAGGAGGCUUCUGUCAGCAACUACCUCCUCCGCCACAACCCCGGAUAUUUUGCGUACAACACCUCGGAGGGUAACAUUCCCGACGACGCGGGUAUCUACAACCGCGGCGGACGUGGGUUCCCCGAUGUCUCUGCUGUCGGUGACAACGGUCUGGUCGCCGUCGGCGGCAAACUCGGCCUCUCUGGCGGUACCUCCAUGUCUGCCCCUAUCGUUGCUGCCAUCUUGAACCGCAUCAAUGAAAAGCGUCUUAGCCUUGGAAAGGGUCCGAUUGGCUUCGCCAACCCCGCUCUUUACGACAUGGCCAAGCGCGAGGGAAAUUUCAACGAUGUUACCGUCGGUAACCAGGAGCUGGGUGGCGCUGAUAGCGACCGUGGCUACAGCGCAUGUGGCAAUGACGGCUUCUCUGCUGUUCAAGGCUGGGACCCGGUUACUGGUCUCGGUACGCCACUGUAUGACAAGUGGGAGGCCUACUUUCUCAAGCUCUGA